UGCCAUUAUUUGGUAGGUCACAUCCAUUGCUGAACAUGGAAGAUUAUCAUUGAAUGGAAGCGUCUUAAUUUAUCACCAUUAUUUGCUUCAAGAUUACUUGAAGCAUGGCAGGUGUGAAUUGCUCAACAUGGAAGAUGUCUCUUGUGAAACCCAGUUAUCUCCGUCUAUCAGUGGAGAAUCUCAAGCACCCUGUGAGGUGUGGAAAACUAGCACUUCAUGUUCAAAAUAUAAAGAGGAUUAUUCUUUGCUAAUGGCGGAAGGAAUGCAUAUUCAUCAAACCGCAGUGAAGGAUAAUGAGGAGUCUUUGCUCAAGCACAGAGUUCUUGAAGAACAAGUUCAUUCUGGACUUGGAAGACGCGGAGGAGGAACACAGCGGGAAAAAUGAGAUCCCCCUUCGCUCUCAUUUUCUACAGAUUAGAGAUGUGUUGGAAGCAAAGGACAUCACCGCAUCCACACCCAUUAGAUUGAAGAAUUGUCUAUACAACGUCAUCAGCGCAUUAGAAGACUGCGUGGUGUUGUCGGAGAAGCGUGAAUCCCGACAGAAGAAGGAUGGUCCGAUGCAUGGAUACACUGGCGGAGCAUUGGCUUUUAUGAAAAACCAGAAGGUUGUUGAUGCAAAUAAAGAGAAAGUUAAGGGCUACGGCUGAUGCGAUUAUUCCUGGUAUGGCCGACAUGGCCACAAGUUCAUCCUCCACCUCCUUACCACUUAUUCCAAGACCAAACUCCUUGAAUUUUGAUUACUCAGAUUUUCCAGGUUUUCAUGAACAACUAGACACAAUUUUAGAUCGACUGGGGAAUGGAGAAGGAUUUCAGGAAAUUGGAAUCGUGGGGAUUGGGGGCUCGGGUAAAACCACUCUUGCCCAGAUGGUUUUCACUUAUUAGUCCAAUCGGAGGUAUUCCCGGGAUUACAUGUUCAAAUUGAUAAAUGAUAGUUUUUUUCAUUCAUAUU